UCCAAACUUAAGCUCCGCUUUUCUUUUUUCUUGAACGAUCACCAAAGGUUGAGGAAGACAACUUGUCGAGGCCUUUGCAAAGAUGCAAAUCUUCGUCAAGACCCUUACGGGUAAGACUAUCACCCUUGAGGUGGAGUCGUCGGACACCAUUGACAAUGUCAAGUCCAAGAUCCAGGACAAGGAGGGAAUCCCCCCGGACCAACAGCGUCUGAUCUUCGCUGGUAAGCAGCUGGAGGACGGCCGCACUCUUUCGGACUACAAUAUCCAGAAGGAGUCGACCCUGCACCUCGUGCUGCGCCUGCGUGGUGGUGGUAAGAAGCGCAAGAAGAAGGUCUACACCACCCCCAAGAAGAUCAAGCACAAGCGCAGAAAGACCAAGCUUGCCGUCCUCAAGUACUACAAGGUCGAUGGCGAUGGCAAGAUUGAGCGUCUCCGCCGCGAGUGCCCCGCUCCCGAGUGCGGUGCCGGUGUCUUCAUGGCCGCUAUGCACAACCGCCAGUACUGUGGCAAGUGCCACCUCACCUACGUUUUCGACGAGUCCAAAUAAGCGGAUCGCCCGUU